UUGAACGCGGUACGAACUAUCCGCCUCUUGUCGCUGUUGUCUCCUGCGGUGUGCGGUGAAAGCCAGUCAAAGAGCACUAAAAUGGCGCUCACUUCCCAAGGAACAAAGAAAAAAGUUUGCUACUACUAUGAUGGUGAUGUUGGGAAUUAUUACUAUGGUCAAGGACACCCCAUGAAGCCCCACCGAAUCCGCAUGACUCACAACCUGUUGCUCAACUAUGGCCUUUACAGAAAGAUGGAGAUAUAUCGUCCACACAAAGCCAGCGGAGAGGAGAUGACCAAGUAUCACAGUGAUGAUUACAUCAAAUUCCUGCGUUCAAUUCGGCCGGACAACAUGUCUGAGUACAGCAAACAAAUGCAGAGAUUUAAUGUGGGAGAGGACUGUCCAGUGUUUGAUGGUUUAUUUGAGUUCUGCCAGCUGUCAGGAGGGGGCUCUGUUGCCGGUGCGGUGAAGUUGAACAAACAGCAGACAGACAUUGCUAUCAACUGGGCCGGUGGCCUGCAUCACGCCAAGAAGUCUGAGGCCUCAGGGUUUUGCUACGUGAACGACAUCGUACUGGCUAUUCUGGAGUUACUGAAAUACCACCAGAGAGUUCUGUACAUAGAUAUCGACAUCCAUCACGGGGACGGUGUGGAGGAGGCUUUCUACACCACAGACCGUGUUAUGACAGUUUCCUUCCACAAGUAUGGAGAGUACUUCCCUGGCACAGGAGACCUGAGGGACAUUGGUGCUGGGAAGGGUAAAUAUUACGCCGUGAAUUACCCACUGAGGGAUGGGAUUGACGACGAGUCAUAUGAGGCCAUAUUCAAACCUAUCAUGGCCAAGGUGAUGGAGAUGUACCAACCCAGUGCAGUGGUUCUGCAGUGUGGAGCUGAUUCUCUGUCAGGGGACAGGCUGGGUUGCUUCAACCUCACCAUCAAAGGCCAUGCCAAGUGUGUGGAGUACAUGAAGAGUUUCAACCUGCCGCUGCUAAUGCUGGGCGGAGGAGGCUACACCAUCCGUAAUGUGGCACGCUGCUGGACGUAUGAGACUGCAGUAGCACUUGAUACCUCCAUCCCCAACGAGCUCCCAUACAAUGACUACUUUGAGUACUUCGGACCAGACUUCAAGCUGCACAUCAGCCCCUCCAAUAUGACCAAUCAGAACACCAACGACUACUUGGAGAAGAUCAAGCAGCGUUUGUUUGAGAACUUGCGUAUGCUGCCCCACGCCCCGGGAGUUCAGAUGCAGGCCAUCCCUGAGGAUGCUGUACAGGAGGACAGUGGAGAUGAGGAGGAAGAUGACCCCAACAAACGCAUCUCCAUCCGUGCUCAUGACAAGAGGAUAGCGUGUGAGGAGGAGUUCUCUGACUCAGAGGAUGAAGGCGAGGGAGGCCGCAGAAACGCAGCUAGCUUCAAGAAAGUCAAGAGAGCCAAAACUGAAGGCGAGAAAGAGGGAGAAGAAAAGGAGAAGAAAGGUGAGGAGGAAACAAAAGAAGUAAAAGAAGAAGAGAAGGUACCAGAGGAAGAGAAAAUGGACACCUCAAAGCCUAAAGAGGAAUCCAAGACACCGUGAGGUCCAGUGAUGCCAAUGCAACUGUUCAGGAUGGAUGAUAAAGCAAGAUUUUUUGGAUAAAUCAUCUUUCCAGGCUGCUGCUGUGGAAAUCCAUGAAGGACUAUACCUUUGUAAUGAGACCUCACUCGGAGAUGUGACGGAGAUUAAAACGUGAUUUUCUAGGACACCUUUUCAACCUUGCUGUUUAUGGACUGCAGUCAGUCAGUGUUUUUGAGUAUUAUUUUGUAUGCUUUCUCAUUUUUUUUUUUUUAAUCCUUAAUCUUUUUACGCUAUAACAUUUGCUUUUCCCUUGUGAAGCAAGUCUGUAAAAUGGCUUAGUAUAUGUACGCUUUUAUAUAUCUGAUGGAUUUAAUUUAUUUAAAUCAUAGAUAUUUUGGCUACUCUGUUAUGUCUUUCAGUCCCACUUUUGUCCAGUGUCUUUGAAUAUGUAGUUGAAGCAUGUUUAUACAAUAGAUCCUUUUCUGUAAUACAUUUGUGUCACUGGUCUUGCCUGCUUAAGGUCACCGAGAGUGGUUAAGAGGGUUGUGCAUCUACCUGAAUACCUAUUUUUAUUUUUUUUUAUUUUUUUUUUGUAUGUGUAAAGUAAAUUACAGUCUUAUAUUUUAGGAUGUAAUUUAGUAUGUGCCCCUUUGACAAAUUUCCUUGACUCCUGCCUCACAGUGUGGAAAAUUUGAGUCCUGUCAAAUGAUUGCCAGAAUCAGGCUUAGAUGACACCGAGUACAUUUGGACAUUCAUGUUCAAAUGUACUCAGUGUAAACUGGGAGGUAAGACAAAUGCCAGAAUUCAUUUGUUGUAUAUAUUUGUAUUCUGAAACAUGUUCCACAAGAGAGCUUGCAAAUGUCAUUUAAAUUUCAACGGACCCUGGUGUGUUGACCACUCUUUCAACACAAAUAAAAACUGCCCUAAAAAGUUACAUAGCUUUA